AUGAUCAAAAUAUCUAAUACCACCACCAGCAGCACUAAAGUUAUUGUUGCCACAAAUCAUUACAUCAAGGUAGUUGCAAGGUGUUGCAGAAAUAACGUAAGAGAAGUCGUUAGCCAAACCUUUCUUUACUAUUUCUUUCUUUUCUUCUUCCUUUCUAGAGUUCUUCUUUUUUCGUUCUUACUUCCUUUAUUUUUUUCCUUUCCUUCCUUUUUUUCGUCAUGCCUUUCACCCCAUCCCGUUACUUUCUUCGUUCUUUUCUUUUCCCUGUUUCCAUUCUUCAUUAUUUUCUUUCCUUUCUCUUUUUCUACAUCACUUUUCGAUCGCCCGCCUUCUUCAUUUCUUUGUCUUUCUUUCUCCGCUUUCCUUUGUUCAUUCACUCCUUUCUGUCUCCUUCCUUUCUUCAGGUCUUUCUUUCUCGUUUUUCCUUUCAUCAUUAAUAUUCGCUCCCCGCUUUACUUCCUUCAUUAUUUUCUUCUUUCCUUUUUCCUUUCUUAUCUUCACUCUCCUUUAUUCAUAGCUUUCUUUCCAUCUUUUUCCCAUGCUUUUCUUUCCCCUCUUAACUUUCUCCAUCUCUUUCGCUUCUUUUCCUUCCUUUUUCUCUUCUCUCUCUCUUUUAUUCAUGCCUUUCUUUCUUCUCUUUCUUUUUUGUUCUCCUUUCUUUCUUUCUUUCUUUCUUUCCUACAUAUAUUUUCUACAUAUAUAUUCUUCCUAUAUUUCCUCUUUUUCAUUCCCUUAUUUCAACUCUUUCCUUUCUUCGCAAAUUCGUUCCAAUUCACUUUUUUCUUUUUUUCUUUUUUUUCUUUUUUUCAAUCCCUGGUUUUCGUCAUUUCUUUAUUGUUCAAUUUUUAUUUUAAACUUUUUAAAAUUAUUCUUAAUUUUUGUCUUUUUCUUUUCGUAUUUUUAAAUUUUUCAAUAAAUCUCUCUCUCUCUCUCUCUCUCUCUCUCUCUCUCUCUCUCUCUCUCUCUCUCUCUCUCUAG